UCCUCCACACCGGCGUCCGGCGCCUGCCCACCACCAUGGAGAGCCUGGAGCCCAAACUGCAGCAGACGCUGACGCUGCCCAAGCUGCCGGUGCCGGAGCUCAAGCAUACGCUAAUGCGGUACCAAAUGACGAUGCAGCCGCUGCUCGAGCCCGAGGUUAUGAAGGAGCUGGAGGACAUUGCGGAGAAGUUCGCGGCGCCUGGCGGUGAAGGCGAAGUUCUCCAGAAGGGUCUGCUGCGAAAACAGGAGCAAGACCACAACUGGGCGUUCCAGUACUGGCUGCACUCGAUGUACCUGCGCGUGCCGCUGGCGCUGCCGGUCAACUCGAACCCGGGCAUGGUGUUCCCGCGCCGGCAGUUCUCCACCAACGACGCCAUGCUGCUCUACAUGGCGCAGCUGAUCCACGGCGCCUACCAGUGGCGGGUCAAGCUCAACAGCGUCGGCCUGCCAAUCGACCGCUGCUCGUCACGUGACAAGGGCCAGCCGCUCUGCAUGGAGCAGUAUCAUCGCGUCAUGACCACCUACCGGCGCCCGGGGCGGUCACGUGACUAUCAGCUGGACACGAGCAGUGCGCAGGCGCAGUACAUCAUGGUCUGCUGCGGCGGACAGCAAUUUCAGCUUUCGCUGACUGAGGACUGGGAGCCUCUCACGGUCGACGAGCUGGCCUUCCAGUUGCGUCGCUGCCAACAGAUGGCAGAGCAGUCGCCUGACUCUUGCCAGGUGGCGCUGCUGACGUCAGACGACCGGCGAGUCUGGGGCGAGAGUCGAGAGGCCCUCAUCAACGGGUGA